AACUAACGUAUAUUUUCAACAUGCAUCUGAGUUCAAGGAACUGGUGGAACAUAUUGGCAAUGCUGCAGAUUGCCCCGUCAACAUUGCUAGGCAACGCGGUGAUGAGCUUCGCUAUCCAGCCGCCUUCUAUCCCUUCCUAA